CCUCCCCCUCCCCCUUUUCCCUCCCUCCCUCAUCUGGAAGAUUCCGGGGGGUUUAAAGGAUAUUUCGUUUGCUCUACGAUCCGGGGGCCUGCGAAGGCGACCAAAUUAAAACUUAAUCCCCCCCCCCAAACCUUGGUUGCCCGCUCCCCAAACGCAAAAAGAAGAGAAGAAUCACCCAAUUUUUUAAGUGAUUGAUAGGAUCGAGCAUGAGUAUCGAAACGCUGCUGGAAGCUGCAAUGUUUUUGGAAUUGCAAGCGCAACAACAGAAAACACGUGAAGAACAUGAGAAAAGAGACAAGCUCCUUUUGGAAAGGGAACCAGAACGUAGAAAAACAGACUUGGAAAGAGUCAACAAUGUACUCCACAUAGAAGAAGUUAAACCUGAACUCCAAGCUGUUCCUGCACUUCCGGUCCCAAAACCAUUGCCUCCUUCCACUGCUGCUACCACAAUCAUCGUGCCUCAAGUGGUCAGUCCUUCCCUGGCUCCAUCCCCACUUCCUCCUCAAAUCGUGCAGCAUCACCAGCCAGUCCUGAGCCCAACCAACAGCACCAGAGAAAUUUCCCAGUCCCCACCUGUGCUUCAUCGAUCUCCAAUCUCUACACUCACUGACCCGCAGCCUGGUCUGCCACUGGUGAGCACCUCGCCCCAGCAGUUUACAAGUUCAGUGUUGGCAAUCCCGCCGCAUCAUGUUAUCCAGCCGUCACCCCUUCCGCAGCAACAGCCAAGUGGCCUUAAGCCAAGCCCAAUGGAUGAUGGAAAGCCCCAGGAUCAAAAAAGAAGACCAGGAGGGGCAGGGACACGAGAAGUGCACAAUAAACUGGAGAAGAACAGACGUGCUCAUUUAAAGGAAUGUUUUGAAACAUUGAAAAAGAACAUCCCCAAUUUGGAUGACAAGAAAACAUCAAACCUAAGCGUUUUGCGGAGUGCCUUGCGAUACAUUCAGACUUUAAAAAGGAAAGAGAAAGAAUACGAGCACGAAAUGGAGCGCCUUGCAAGAGAAAAAAUUGCCACCCAGCAACGUUUAGCAGAUCUGAAGAAUGAACUGAGCCAAUGGAUGGACAUUCUUGAAGUGGAUCGCAUUCUCCGCCAAACCGUGCAACCGGAGGACGACCAGGCUUCUACCUCAACCGCAUCCGAGGGUGAAGACAAUAUCGAUGAUGAUAUUGAAGAUAUGAGACCCAUAAACUCCCUACCACAAACACCUCACCGGUCACACCACGAGUUGCUUAAGGCUGUUGCUUCUCCUGCUAUUACUCACCAGUCAUCGUUGCUGCCUCAGCAUCUGUCUGUCCAGCAGAAGCCGCCUCAAACCCAGGCACAAGUGCAAAUCCAGCCCCAGGCUUUAAUUCCGUCGCAGACGGUAAUGCCAGCUCAGACUCACAUUGUGACGGCCUCGACGCUACAGCCAACCGUUAUUGCCCAUGCCGCACCUGCUUCCCACGCAUCAGUGAUUCACACGGCUGUCAACCACGUUAUUCAAGCUUCUCAAGCAAAGCACAUUGCUCAUAUUGCACCUGCAACCUCCAGCUCUGUCCAGCUGACCACCGCUGCUCAACCUAUUGGCCACAUCACUGUGCACCCAGCCACCUUAAGCCAUAUGGCUCACCUUGGUCAACAGCUGCCCGCUAUCUAUCCGCAACCAAUGACGGUGAACCAGCCGGUUGUGAGCCAUCUCACGCACGCCAUCACCCACCAGCAAGUCAACGGCACCGCGCCUGUUGGCCAACAGGCAGUUGUGACAAAGCAAGCUGUGGGCCCACAAGUCGUGCACCAGCAGAUAGUGGGCCAGACAGUCCUGAACCCUGUCACUAUGGUGACCAUGCCAUCGUUUCCUGUGAGCACUUUGAAGCUGGCCUAAACUUGAGGAACGCAGAGCCCCGAGAGCACAGUAAUUUAAAAAGACAAGCUUUCCUUCGUUCUCCAAUACAUUCCUGGCAACAAGUUACAGGCAAGGGACGGAAGGGUUGGCUUUGGAAGACAUCAAGCGGAGAGGGUUGGCAGAGUGAGUGAGAGAAAAAAAAAAUCCAACAUGUCACCAAGCUGGCAGUGGGAAAGGAAUACACACUGCAGAAAAUAAACUGCUAAUCAGAGCAGCAUGGAAUGACAACUGUCCUUAGUGACCUUUGUGUGUGUGUGUGCGUGUGUAUGUUUUGUAAUUGGUGAACUUAAAAAGGUGUUAGCAAGGCUUUUAUUUUAUUUUUUCCUCCCUCCCCUGGCCCUUCGUGUGUUGCAUCGCCCCAGGAAAUAAUUGCUGGACAGAUGCCACCGUGAUCAGACAGAGGGUUUUUUAAAAAAAAAAUAGCGAGAAACCUUGCAAACGAAGGCCCUGGUGGAGUUGAGCUUCACCGGAUGAUGUUGAUAUACCAAGAUAAAUUAACAAAGACGACGUUAAUCGUGCCCUUGUGUUUGCGUGUGUGUAUGUGAAUUGAAACGCAAUGGUCUGCUGGACCAGGCCCGGGAGUGUUGCAGGAGGCCCAAGACAGAACCAAUGUGUCUGUCCCCAGCUUUUUUCCAAUAUUGGUUUUUAAAUUUGCUUUGUGCGGACCAACACAAAAAAGUAUUAACUAAUUGUUGUGGUCUUUAUUUUAAAUGCACCUUUUGGAAAGGUCAUUAAUUGGCUGCAGCAACAACAACAAGACCCACACACAUUCUAACAGUCUAUAAGAAGCCCUGGCUGAGGUGAAUAGAUGUCGGCUGGGGAAGGGGAGGAGAGGAGAAGUUAACGAUGUGCUGCAGUCCUGUUUGUAGCUGUGUCUGUUGGACUGAGUGGCUUUCUGAGCUUAAAGUGAGUUUAAAUGUAUGAAUUGUCUAAGACUGACAUCAUUACUGUGUGUACUAUAAAGGCAGUGUCUGUCAUAUGGGGACCUUUUUUAAGGAAAAAGAUUUUUUUUUUGCAAUAAAAUUUUCUGCUUUCUUUGAUUUAGGCUCAGAAAGGGUCUGAUUGAUAAACCAUAUAAAUGGAUCUGAUUCAUAAAACAUGAGGCUCAGGCUGAGGUAGCCCCUCGCCAGAUGGCUCCUUUUGAAGAUUCUGCCUUGAUGAAGUUUCCAUGCUUGAGUAUCAUAGAGUGUACUUCGUAUGUACAGUUAAAGAAAAAUUCUGGAGCGGUUUAUAAUGAAGUUUCAGUUUACUUUACACAAACAGCAAAGUGCACCCCUUAAUUUUUUUUUUAUAAAAUAUGAAUAAUGUCUCAGGUAUUUUCAGUGUGGUUCCAAUCAUGAGUUUCUCAGAUUAAUUUUAAAAAAUCAUGGUGAAACUACUUGAAAAUGUUGUGCCGUACUCUAACCUAGUCUAAAAAUGCAAUAUAAAAGUUUAAAAUCGGAACCAGUUUCCUUGAGCAUUCUUUGAGCAACCUGAAUCAUGAGCCCAUAAUAUCUAUUCAAUGCAAUGUUGCUGACUACAGUUGUAAACCCUCAUAGUGGGAUCAUAAUAUUACUAAGGAAAGUACAAAUUGAAGGGUUAGUACUGUGACUGCCUUGAUACCCUGAUCGGCUUUUCCAUUGUUAACUCUGGCCCAGUUACUGGUGUUUAGCUUCUUUUCUAUAAGCGGAGCAUCAAGUACCAGAUGCUUCCGUUUUACUUUUUAAGUACAGCAUUUUCUCCAGUCAGCCACUGACUAGUUAGAAAUGUUAAAAGUCAGAGUGAAAUUCUAAACUUAUGGUGAAGGUUUUUGUCACAUUAGGUUGCCUGAUAAUUCCACUCUUCGCUUGCUUGAAAUGGUGAUUUUUAAAAUCAUAUAUUAUGUGUACCUGUCUUUUAAUUCCAGGGUACCUCUAUUCACUUUAACACCACUGAUUUGUGAAAAAUGGUUUUCAAGAAUUUUUUUAAUACCUUUUAUAUUAACCACAGGUUAAUAGAUUAGUGGUAUGUUACAAGGUGGUGAUGCAGCAAGGGGUUCAAAUGAAGUUAUGUGCCAGAGAGAGAAACAACAUUAUUUUUUGAGUCCUCUGAACCUCCUUUCUGUGGCAGUGCACUGUAAUAUAUAAUAGAUGUAUUGUUUUCCUGUAUCACCCAGUCAAAUUAAAGUACUUAUUUCUGCUUGCUCAUGUGUACAAUACUUUAGAUCAUGUGAUCCUGAGUGUUCUGCCCAGCAAUAGUGUUCAGUUCUGAUGUCUCCAUUUAUUUUCCUGCAUGGUUUUCUCCCUUUCAGUCCUCCCCCAACAUCCCUUGAUGCACAACACCUUUAGUUGGCUAUUCAACUGUGAAGGAAUCACAGCCCAACCUAAUUCUUCCUUCAGCUUAAUGACCACACACUUUUCAGAAUCCCUGUACCACAAUCAGGAGAGGAAAUCCUGGCUGAUUUUUUUUUUCUUUUUUACUCUUUGCCUGCAACCCCCCCCCCCCCGAUAGAGUGUAGGGCCCAAACUUGGGAUCUUCUGCAGUCUAACAGCUCUUUACGAGACCAGGGACUAUACUUAACCCCCUGAGCCUUUGGUGGAGCUAACUAUCACUUUUUUUAAAUCAACAUUGAAGUGCUGCAGUUUAUGCAGGUACUAAUCUCUUUGUGUUGGUGAACUUUUCUUUUCCAUGAUACAACCGUGCUUGUGUUACAACCCACUGAAAUAAUACACGUGCUAUAUUAUGGUGAUGAGUUAUCGUCGCUGAGUAUUUGGCCCUGAUUCCCAGGAAUGGACUUGGUGCUGGGAUUGCACUGCAGUACCCCCCCCGCUGUUAUCUGUGUUUGAUGGGUCGCAACUAGAUCACUGCUUUCUAAAUAUUUCUGUAAUAAAAUGCAGAGAUAUUCUGAACUGAAGAAUUUCUCAGUUGACAUCCUACCCUCGAGAUUCUUUCCGUGGCUGCCUGUGAGGGAAGCAGUUUGGUAAAACUAUAAAUGUGAUGAUUCUUUUUUGACUGUUUAAUACAAGAAUAUAUAGGUACAAAACUUAUGGUUAAAUGUGAAAUGUGCUCUGUUUCCAUUUAUCCUUUUAACAAAACGGGACCUCUUGGUGCUUUCCCCGUUCAUGUGUCCUGUGCCUAAGUUCUCAGUAUUUGGGUAAGUUGUGUAUGCUGUAUAAAUUUAUUAUUGUAUGUCCGUGUUGUUAAUAUUGAAAGGCACUUUUGUGGUUUGCUCUCUGCAAUUCUCCAGGGCAUUAAAGAUUAACCCAUCAGGAACUGAGGCCCAUUACCAUUUUCAGGGAUAUUAAUAAUUCCAAUCCUCCUUCAAUUGAAUUUUUAAAAAGUCUGUCCAGAUGUAACAGAGGGGAAGAGUAAAAAAAUGAGCUAGAUUUCCCACUUCUGAUCUCCAUCUAGCAACUCAUACUCUGGAGUCUAGUUUGUGUGUGAGCAUGAGAUCCAAUUCAGCUUUGAUUGCUCCAUGGUCUAACAGGCUGCUGACACUUGCCAUCGAGACGCUCUCACAUGAAGAAGGGCUCCUAAACCAAGGUACUGAAAGUCCCCUGAAUCAUAUCCAACAAGACAUGGCACCUGUCGAGAGAGGAGAUCAGAGUUGGAGAGGGUGGAAGAACUGAAUUUUACCAAAUGCACCAGGUAGGGAUAUGAAGAAUUCCAACUGGUUGCUUAUGUGGCAAAAUUAUAAUCAGCUAGUAAAAAUUUCCUAAAUUUGACGUUUUUAGUGAAAUUACAGAUACUUGCUUCACAAACACACGAUCUCGGCAUACUUUUUGACCUCAAAAAUAAAAGGAGAUAGAACUAAUGGGCAUCUCCCUUCACCCUAUUCCCCGAGGGACAAAAGGGAAAUUUGAAUCUGUGUUCCGAUUGUUCCGAUGGCAAUGGAAAAAAAGAAUCCAAUGAAAUUUUAUUCUCUUGCAGAGAUACUCAAAUUAAAACAAAAGAUUAAUCCAUUAAAAGAGGAAACUGUUUAAUAACCUGUACCCCAAAAGGUUGUGAGAACUGGGCUGUAGCUGCCAAACUUAUGGUUAAGUGUAAAAUGAGCUCUGUUUCCAUUUAUUUAUCAUUUUACCAAAUGGGACCAUAUGAUGCUUUCCCCAUUCAUGUGACCUGUGCCUAAGUUCUGCAUAUUCGUGUAAGUGGCUUACAUCCCUUAUAGAGAAAGAGAAUGCACUUUCCGGCAAACAAGAAACACUAGCUGCUUCUAUUUUGCACCAAGAACCAUAUUGGUGGCACCAGCUCCUGAUCUGCUAUUUUUGCGCAGCCUGGCUGCAACCUGAGAGUAAAAUGUGCCAGAAUUUAUUGACGAUGUCGGCCAGGAAGGCUGCCUUGUUUGGAACCAGGCUGCAGCUGGCUACGAUUGGGAGCUGCCACAGAGAGGGCAGGUCUCACACUGUAUAAAAGCAGCUUCUGCCUGUGGUGGGUUUCUCAGUAACUUGAUUCACAGCCUGUUGAGUAUGAGUGACUGGGGUUUCAUGCGCAUCAGAUACCAGGCUAACCAAAAAAAAAGCUUGACUGGGACUAUAUCUGAAUUGAAAGAAAGCAGAAUAAUUUUCCCCAUUAGAGAGACAUUACUUUUUUUAUUAUUAAUGUUUAUGGUGAAUGCCUUCACUGUGUAACAGCUUUUGUUUAAAAUAUUGAGGGGAAAAAUGUUAAAAAAAAUCUUUUCUGUGAAGAUUUUGAAGUGUUUGAAUGGACCAGGUGUGUGAAAAAUAUCAGUGGAUUUUUGUAUAUAAUGUAUUUUUACUAUUUAGCUGUAAUAUAAUGGCUUUCAUUCAAAAAAAAUUCAGUAUCAAUGUGUAUAAUAUUCUCACAUCCAUCUAUCAAACAAGAUGCACUUGCCUCAGAUACUAUAAAAAAAAAUAAAGAUACACCUGCACUGAC